UUUAGUAAUGAAAUUUGAAGUAAAUGAGAAAUAAUGCAAAGGAAAGUAGUUUUUCAGAAAUUUUGUGCUUUCUUGUGCUUGAAUGUUAAAAUGGCCCUCCUAUGAGGUGUCAAUCACAGCAACGGCCCCUUGCCAAUUUAAGAUUGAGACCCCUGGUAUAGAUCAUACAUGUUGUUGGUUUUGAUGCUUUAAAUGUCUAAAUUGUUUUGUCUAUUUUUGCUCUAGACCUAAUGGCACUGAGAGGGGCGAGUCUUGAACCUAAUGAAAAAGAAGAGAAAAAACAUUAUAAUUUGACGACUGGAGAAAAAUCAACACGGGUUUCUUCACAAAAAGGAGCUCAAAAGACACAAACUAGAAGUUAUUUCUCCUGCCAACAGUGUGGAAAGACUUUUAGUCAACAUAGAAACCUUCAAGUCCACUUGAGAGUUCACACUGGAGAAAAGCCUUACACCUGCCAACAAUGUGGACAGAGUUUCAUACGUAAAGACAUGCUUAAAGUCCACAUGAGAAUUCACACUGGAGAAAAGCCUUACACCUGCCAACAGUGUGGACAGAGAUUCAGUCAAAAAGGAAGCCUUACAGCCCACAUGAGAGUUCACACUGGAGAGAAGGCUUACACCUGCCAACAAUGUGGAAAGAGUUUCACACAAAAAGGAAACCUUAACGGCCACAUGAGAAUUCACAUUAAUGAGAGCCCAUUUACCUGCCAACAGUGUGGAAUGAGAUUCAAUCGAAAAGGAAGCCUUGAAAUCCACAUGAGAAUUCACACUGGAGAAAAGCCUUACAUCUGCCAACAGUGUGGAAAUAGUUUCCGUGACAAAGGAAGCCUUACAGCCCACAUGAGAACUCACACUGGAGAAAAGCCUCAUACCUGUCAAGAGUGUGGAAAGAGUUUCAAUCGAAAAGAAAGCCUUACAGCCCACACGAGAACUCACACUGGAGAAAGCCCAUUCACCUGUCAAGAGUGUGGACAGAGUUUUAGUCAAAAAGAAGGCCUUAUAGUCCACAUGAGAAUUCACACUGGACUGAGCCAAUUCACCUGCCAACAGUGUGGAAAGAGUUUCAGUGGAAAAGGAAAGCUUGAAGUCCACAUAAGAAUUCACACUGGAGAGAAACCUUUCACCUGCCAGCAAUGUGGAAAGAGUUUCAGUCAAAAAGGACACCUUAAAGUCCACAUGAGAACUCACACUGGAGAAAAGCCUUACACCUGCCAACAAUGUGGAAAGAGUUUUAAUGAGACAGGAUACCUUACAGCCCACAUGAUAAUUCACACUGGAGAAAAGCCUUACACCUGUCAAGAGUGUGGAAAGAGUUUCAGUUGGAAAAAAAGCCUUACAGCCCACAUGAGUGCUCACACUGGAGAAAAGCCUUAAAGUCCCCCUUUGGUCAAAUAUUUUAUUUAAAACUCAUCUUUGAUCACCAAAAUGACAUUUAAAUAAAUUCGGAUAAAAACGAAAAAGCCUUAGGGGACACAUGAAUAUUCACACUGGAGAGUACUGAAGAGAAGCCAUACACAUGUGAUUAGUGUGGAAAGAGUUUCAGAUUUAUAGGUUACCUUAAGGGCCACAUGAAAAUUCACUCGAGAGAGAACUCUUUUAGAAGUCGUCACUGUGGAAAGAGCAGAGGUGUAAAGAGUACCUGAAAACAAAACUUGAGUAAAAGUACAGAUACCUUACAGCAAAAAUGACUCCAUUACAAGUUACAAAUCACCAAUUCUAAUACAACUUGGGUAAAGGUCUUGGAGUAUCUGAGACCUUAACAGUGCUUUAACAGUACUUAAGUUUUUUACUGAAUUUAGGUUUGGAAGAUGCACUAGUUCAGAAAUGCCAGUGAAAAUAAGAAAUGUAUUUGUUUAAUUCAUUAUUUUCUAAAAUCAAAAUUGAACAGCUCAGUAUUACAAUAAAUCUAGGUCAACACCACAGCCUCUUAAAUGUUAAAAGUGUAAAACUCUCGCAGUGAUGCCUUCUCUAUAGGUUGUUUGCACAUGACGUCAUUGCUGCAUGCAAAAUGCAGCAGGAGAGCAAAGAGUAAUUUACUAUAUAGGAAUCCUAUCAAAAACUCAAAAUUCCUAUUUUUUGCAUCAUUUACGGUUGCUCAUUUCUAUCAAACCAAGAAACCACAAAGAGCUUUUAUCAUUUACAUAACAGUAUCGUUUUUUUUUUUUUUUUUACUUUAAAAGUUGUCACCUUAUAUAGCAUCUUGUGUCUGCUAAUACUGAAAUGAAUAUGGAACCUGUUUACUUUUUUUUGUUUUUGACUUGGUUAAAUAUUAACAUUCUUCAUGGUAUCGUCUGCAGGAAAGAGAAGAUAUUUAUCCCAUUGAAUGAUAAUUUGGUGUUUUCACUACAGUUUUAUAGAAUUCUGUUUACAAUGUUGAUCUGGUUACCAUGAGAACAGUGUCAUGCGCUGCUACUUCACCCAUCAUGUGGUAGAAAAUGUCCAAAUAAAUAAAUGUGUUCAACAAGCUGA